AUGUACGUUCAUACGCUCGAUUUUCUAUGGUUUAAAAUUAGAUUAUAAUUAGCAAGCAACGAUUGCGUGUGUUUUUGGAGAGGAUAUUCCCGCAUACAAAAGUUAAAGGACAUACAUAGAAAUUAUUACAUUAACCACAGGGUCAUCUCCUUUUAUCCGAAAUGCUUGCAUCUAUAGUGGCACGCAGAUCCACUAUGUCAGCGGAAGCAACAAAUGGUGGUAGUUCAUCACCCGCCCCCGCAGAGCCACCAGUUGCCGAGAUCGCACAAUUGGCUUUGGAAGAUGAACCAAAAGUCAGUUUUCAAGAUCAAUUCAAAGCCUUCUCCAAAUUUGGUGAUACAAAAUCAGAUGGCAAAUUGAUUACAUUAUCGCAGAGUGAUAAGUGGAUGAAGCAAGCUAAAGUGAUCGACAAGAAGAUCACCACCACUGAUACGGGCAUACAUUUUAAGAAAUUCAAAGCGAUGAAAAUCUCUUAUACAGAUUAUAAUAAAUUCCUUGAUGAAUUGGCGAAGGCGAAAAAAGUUGAAUUAAGCGAUAUAAAAAAGAAAAUGGCCGGUUGCGGAGCACCUGGUGUUGUGCAAGUAUCGGCCGGCAAAGCAGCAUCGGCUGUUAACCGUCUCACGGACCCCAGCAAGUAUACUGGAUCUCAUAAGGAACGUUUCGAUGCUACAGGCAAGGGCAAAGGUAUUGCUGGUCGCAAGGAUUUAGUAGACGCAUCUGGCUACGUAUCCGGUUAUCAGCACAAGGAUACAUACGAUCAAGCACAUUAGAGGCAAAAAAAAAAUAUUGACAUUAAGCUUGAUAUAAGCAAAUUUAUAAUAUAAAUAAAAAAACAUAUACUUAUUUAAAUUAAAAAAAAAAUCACGAUAAUGCACAAAAAAAGUAAAAUUUAGCUUUACAUAAAUAUUAUUUUAUGAAGAUUUUCUUUUAUUAAUUUUUUUUAGUGCUAACUACCUUCAAGAAGCAAAAAAUACGUAAUUUUUAUUUAUACACCUUAAGCAAAUUUUUUAAUAAAAUUUUGUGAUACUUUUACGGCUCUAAUCUGUAUCAGUGACAAAUUCUUGUUUUUUUUUCACGCAAAAAUAUGUGAAAAAGUUUAAAUUUGUCAGUAAAAAAAUUAUUGUUACCGAUACCGAAUUGGGCUAUUAAUUAAAACUGCAAUAAAAAUGUAUAUGCAUGUAAUAAAAAACAAUAUUUAUUCUCAA